CAAAUUGAAGUAAUACCCUGCAAGAUCUGUGGGGACAAGUCAUCAGGGAUCCACUAUGGCGUAAUCACCUGUGAAGGCUGCAAGGUGAGCAACCUCAACCUCGGCGUGCCUUCGAGAUCUGUUUACUCCACUCGAGUGUUCUAUUUUGGUUUAGCAUCCCUCAAGAAUACCCUCAGCAAAUUCAAUCAAUAUAGACUAUUUAUAUAUUGUAUGCCAUUGCCCAGUACUUCAGCCCUCCCUGCUUCUGUGCCUGUGUUCAUGGUGUUUGUGCUUGUGUGUUUGUAGGGUUUCUUCAGACGCAGCCAGCAGAACAAUGCUAUGUACUCCUGCUCCCGGCAGAGGAACUGUCUGAUUGACCGCACCAAUCGGAAUCGCUGCCAACACUGCCGGCUGCAGAAGUGCCUGGCCCUGGGCAUGAGCCGUGAUGGUGAGUGUGAAACACACAAACACAACAAGGUCAGUCCAGAGGCGACCACUGUCUGUCUGUCUCUUCACCGGACGCUAGGGCUCUCUGGGUCUUAUUGAAAGGCCAUGUGUAGAGUUCAUUUAUACUGUGUGAAAUCACUGCUGGAAUCAUGCCAGAGUAUGGAAUUCAAUUCUAUAUUUAGUUCUAUAUUGGCUCCAUAUGGACUUAUGAGCUCAUAAUUCAUUCCCUGGUUAUUGACUGACUCUUUAUCUCCUUUGCUGAUACAGCGGUGAAGUUUGGCCGCAUGUCCAAAAAGCAGAGAGACAGCCUGUAUGCUGAGGUCCAGAAACACCAGGCAUCCCAGGAGUUAGCUGCCGCCCGCAAGGAGGGAGCCGAGGUUGAAGGUCAUGGCCGGGCAUACAGCAGAGGCUCCAGUGCCGCCCUCAGCGACCUUGACGACAUCGCCACCCUGCCGGACGGCCUGCUGUUCGACCUGCCCCUGACACCAGAGGGCGGCGAAAGAGAGUACUGCAAUCUGGAGAUGAUGGGGGGCAGCAGCUCGUCCUCUCAGAGCUCGCCCGAACAGAACGGACUAGACUUCAGAGAUGGCAACCACCACAUCAAGCACGAGUACCAGCUGCUGCACGAGUCCAGCCUAUUCACGCACACGCUGCUCAACACUCUACCGGAGGGGUUCUCAAUACUUGAGAUCGGUAAGUGGAACUGUCACUCUUAUCAUUAUCUGCUGUGUGUCACUAAAACUAUCACUAGAUCAUUUUUCAUUGAGUGUGGUUGAAAGCUAACCCAUACUUGACUUGUCAAUUUCCAGAGCGUAUAACUGCUAGUGUGGUAAAGUCUCACAUAGAGACCAGUCAGUACGGCAGUGAGGAGCUGAAGAGACUUUUCUGGUCCCUGUACACCCCUGAGGAGACACGCAGCUUCCAGAGCAAGGUAAACAUCAAUGUCCUGUACCAGGAUUAACUCAGUGACCUAGUACUCUGUGACCGCUGACCUAUAUACUCUUACACUACUAUGUGCUAUUCCCAAUGUCAUAUCUAACAUGGGCAUCCCUCUGGUCUCUCUUUCAGUCUGCGGAAGUCAUGUGGCAGCAUUGUGCCAUCCACCUCACCAAUGCCAUCCAGUAUGUGGUGGAGUUUGCCAAGCGCAUCACUGGAUUCCUUGAUCUGUGUCAGAACGACCAGAUCAUUCUUCUCAAAGCAGGUCAGUACCUACUGUUAGUACAUAGGAGGAGUGCAUUUCAUAACUCUAUUUCAUGACCUCAUAUAACAGCUUUCUCUGAGCUUAAAGCACAGUUCCUGUUCACACAACCUGAGCGUGUAUGCAUUUACUACAUUUACAGUACAUUUACCCAAAAAAAAAUUUGUUUGUUUACAUCGUAGAAUAAUAGUGAAUACAUCAAAACUAUGAAAUAACACAUAUGGAAUCAUGUAGUAACCAAAAAAGUGUUAAACAAAUCAAAAUAUAUUUUAUAUUUGAGAUUCUUCAAAUAGCCACCCUUUGCCUUGAUGACAGCUUUGCACACUCUUGGCAUUCUCUCAACCAGCUUCACCUGGAAUGCUUUUCCAAUAGUCUUGAAGGAGUUCCCACAUAUGCUGAGCACUUGUUGGCUGCUUUGCCUUCACUCUGCGGUCCGACUCAUCCCAAACCAUCUCAAUUGGGUUGAGGUCGGGGGAUUGUGGAGGCCAGGUCAUCUGAUGCAGCACUCCAUCACUCUCUUUCUUGGUAAAAUAGCCCUUACACAGCCUGGAGGUGUGUUGGGUCAUUGUAACUCUGGGUCUUCCAUUCCUGUGGCGGUCCUCAUGAGAGCCAGUUUCAUCAUAGCGCUUGAUGGUUUUUGCGACUGCACUUGAAGAAACUUUCAAAGUUCUUGACAUUUUCUAUAUUGACUGACCUUCAUGUCUUAAAGCAAUGAUGGACUGUCGUUUCUCUUUGCUUAUUUGAGCUGUUCUUGCCAUAAAAUGGACUUGGUCUUUUACCAAAUAGGGCUAUCUUCUGUAUACCCCCUAUUGUCACAACACAACUGAUUGGUCCAAACGCAUUAAGAAGGAAAGAAAUUCCACAAAUUAACUUUUAUUGAAAUGCAUUCCAGGUGACUACCUCAUGAAGCUGGUUGAGCGAAUGCCAAGAGUGUGCAAAGCUGUCAAAGGCAAAGGGUGGCUAUUUGAAGAAUCUCAAAAAUAUUUUGAUUUGUUUAACACUUUUUUGGUUACUACAUGAUUCCAUAUGUGUUAUUUCAUAGUUUUGAUGUCUUCACUAUUAUUCUACAAUGUAGAAAAUAGUAAAAAUAAAGAAAAACCCUUGAAUGAGUAGGUGUGUCCAAACUUUUGACUGGUAGUGUACAUGUCUCAGUACUUAAUGUUGUAGUAUAGUACUACAACAUUAAUACACAAUAGUAUAUUUGACAAACGUGUGUCUACAGUUAGAAAAACAAACUCCAGCACUUGGACUACAUUUUAACAUAUACAAACAAUUUAAUCUAAUUUGUGCACACCAUAUACUGUAUUUGUCACAUUUUGCAUAUAGGGUCACUACAUUUUGCAUAAACCUGGAGGUUGCUACAUAAAUUAACAACAUAUGACACAAAGGCCACAUUCCGUUUCCAACGAUAUCGAAGAAGAAAAGUUAUUAUUCUAACGAUGGCUCUUCUUUAUGUUUUUUUAAAAUUAUGUGCUGUUUGUUUAUCAUCAUUGUUUGAAUUGUAAAACAAAUGUUUAAAAAAAAUGAUUUUAUUUAUAAUUUAUUGAAAUAGAUUUGAUGUUAUGAUAGGAAAUAUACUUAUUUUAUUGACUGACAACAUGGAAUUAAUGUUUUAUUUCAUGUUGUUUGUGUGUGCAUGUUGGCUCAUCCUUUUUCUUCCUUUCCCUCUUCAUCUCUCCCUCUCCAUCUUUGCGGUCUCCGCUUCAGGAUGUCUGGAUGUGCUUCUGAUUCGCAUGUGUCGCGCCUACAACCCCAUCAACAACACUGUUCUGUUUGAUGGCAAGUUUGCCAGCGCACAGACCUUCAAAGCUCUUGGUGAGUCCCUUCUUUAUGAAACCAAAUCAUUAAUAUUCCAUCAGAAUUUAUUCACACACCAACAUAGUUGAACAAUUCUAGGUCAACCUUUCAAUAGCUUCCGUUUAAAAAAAGUCAGGCGUUUCUGUUUUGAUGACACCUGUUUUUCCCCCUGCUUUCUCACAGGUUGUGAUGACCUUGUGGCUGCCGUGUUUGACCUGGCCAAGAGCCUGAACCGUAUGCAGCUCUCUGAAGAGGAAAUGGCUCUCUUCAGUGCUGCUGUUCUCCUGUCACCAGGUAAUCCUCUCACACUGUCUCCCGUUGACUGGUAUGAUGUCCCAGGUCUAAAUCAGACACUAAGUAAUAUGUAAGAAGGAAAACCAGCAGAGUCUAACUGUGGUUGUCGCUCUCUUUUUCCUCCAGACCGACCAUGGUUGAAAGACACCCAACAGGUGCAGAAGCUUCAAGAGAAAGUAUAUCUCUCUCUGCAGCAUUGUCUACACAGAUGUGGCUCAUCAGAGGAGAAACUGGCAAAGGUACAUAUUGGCAGAGGAUGACAUAUUCCUUUAUUCCUAAAACGGGCCUUUGUUCAUGGAUUUGGGGUGAAAUGUGAAAAAUAUAAAUGUUCUAUCUCUCUUUUUCCUUGUCUCGCUCUCUCUCUCUCUUCUUCUACCUCUAAGAUGGUGUCCAAGCUUCCCAUGAUGAAGUCCAUCUGCAAUCUCCACAUUGACAAGCUCAAGUUUUUCCGUCUCCUCCACCCGGAGACGACAUACAAUUUCCCCCCUCUGUACCGUGAGGUGUUCAGCAGUGAAAUCACCUUCCCAGACUCCACAAUGGGCUAAAAAUCUGUUCAGAUAUGAAAGUGAUUCAUAUAGAGACAGAAAGAUGUAGGGAAGGAGAGGUAGAGAGGGAGAGGAACGUGGCAACAGCGAAGCAACCAGCAGAUCAGUGAAAAUCUUGCACGCUACACUUUAGGACACACUACUCUCACCUCAGAACUCCACUCUAUGGAGUCGCUUGGACUGUAAGCCAGUCCAGGCUACAAAAUUCAACACUAGGUGCUGGGUACUAUGCGCAUGCUACUUAUUUUUGUUGUUGACUAAAACGGUUCUGAGAAUGUAAUUUCGCAUUCUCAGAUGGUUUUUCAAAAGGAGCUUGAGAUCUCCCUUAAGCUAAAGUCCUCUGUAAAACGAGGAUGACUUCUUUGAAUGUACCCCACAGACAUGCAGCACAGCCCUAGGCUUGAGACAGAAUGUACUAUAUACAGUGAGGGAAAAAAGUAUUUGAUCCCCUGCUGAUUUUGUACGUUUGCCCACCGACAAAGACAUGAUCAGUCUAUAAUUUUAAUGUUAGGUUUAUUUGAACAGUGAGAGACAGAAUAACAACAACAAAAUCCAGAAAAAUGCAUGUCAAAAAUGUUAUAAAUUGAUUUGCAUUUUAAUGAGGGAAAUAAGUAUUUGACCCCUCUGCAAAACAUGACUUAGUACUUGGUGGCAAAACCCUUGUUGGCAAUCACAGAGGUCAGAUGUUUCUUGUAGUUGGCCACCAGGUUUGCACACAUCUCAGGAGGGAUUUUGUCCCACUCUUCUUUGCAGAUCUUCUCCAAGUCAUUAAGGUUUCGAGGCUGACGUUUGGCAGCUCGAACCUUCAGCUCCCUCCACAGAUUUUCUAUGGGAUUAAGGUCUGGAGACUGGCUAGGCCACUCCAGGACCUUAAUGUGCUUCUUCUUGAGCCACUCCUUUGUUGCCUUGGCCGUGUGUUUUGGGUCAUUGUCAUGCUUCUCACCAAGCUGCUUGGUGAUGGUCUUGUAGCCCAUUCCAGCCUUGUGUAGGUCUACAAUCUUGUCCCUGACAUCCUUGGAGAGCUCUUUGGUCUUGGCCAUUGUGGAGAGUUUGGAAUCUGAUUGAUUGAUUGCUUCUGUGGACAGGUGUCUUUUAUACAGGUAACAAACUGAGAUUAGGAGCACUCCCUUUAAGAGUGUGCUCCUAAUCUCAGCUCGUUACCUGUAUAAAAGACACCUGGGAGCCAGAAAACGUUCUGAUUGAGAGGGGGUCAAAUACUUAUUUCCCUCAUUAAAAUGCAAAUCAAUUUAUAACAUUUUUGACAUGCGUUUUUCUGGAUUUUGUUGUUGUUAUUCUGUCUCUCACUGUCAAAUAAACCUACCAUUAAAAUUAUAGACUGAUCAUGUCUUUGUCAGUGGGGGAUCAAAUACUUUUUUCCCUCACUGUACUGUACUAUCCUGCCCCAUGGAGGAGUUGCUGUGUAGAUCUUUUUUAAUUUUUUUAUUGCAGUUCUACAGCUCAAUUUUAGUUUCUUAUUUGGUAGUGCCCAUACUUUGCAGUUUUGUAUCCUAUGAACAAACUGUUUAAAGGGACCAAGAUCAAACAGAUAGGCGGGCAGGUUUGUUUUGCAUGCAAGACAUGGACAAAGAGACCCAGGGUGUCUAUUACCAUGCAUGCAGACUUGCACAAACAAUACUAAGACAAAGCACUUAUGCUGACCUAAAUAUGUAUUUUUACAAGCACACAUUCAGACACUGAUAUUUUUGAGCUCUUGACUUUAUUUCUAAAAAUGCAAUCAAAGACCUCGGUCCCACUACCUUUUCCCCUUGCAAAUGCCACUUAGAGAGAGAAAGAGAGAAUCACAGAAGUAUUUUUAAAGUAUUUUUAAAUGUUCCUUAUACACUUAUAUUUACAGAUGUAAAAUAAAAUUUGACAGGGAUUUAUAUACAGUAUAUAUAUAUACUACUGGUGAAAAGUUUUAGAACACCUACUCAUUCAAGGAUUUGUCUUUAUUUUUACUAUUUAUAAUAAUAGUGAAGACAUCAAAACUAUGAAAUAACACAUAUGGAAUCAUGUAGUAACCAAAAAAGUGUUAAACAAAUCAAAAUAUAUUUGAGAUUUGUGAUUCUUCAAAUAGCCACCCUUGAUGACAGCUUUGCACACUCUUGGCAUUCUCUCAACCAGCUUCAUGAGGAAGUCAGCUGGAAUGCAUUUCAAUUAACAGGUGUGCCUUCUUAAAAGUUAAUUUGUGGAAUUUCUUUCCUUCUUAAUGCGUUUGAGCCAAUCAGUUGUGUUUUGACAAGGUAGUUGGGGUAUACAGAAGAUAGCCCUAUUUGGUAAAAGACCAAGUCCAUAUUAUGGCAAGAACAGCUCAAAUAAGCAAAUAGAAACAACAGUCCAUCACUACUUUAAGACAUGAAGGUCAGUCAAUACGGAAAAUGUCAAGAACUUUGAAAGUUUCUUAAAGUGCAAUCGCAAAAACCAUCAAGCGCUAUGAUGAAACUGGCUCUCAUGAGGACCGCCACAGGAAUGGAAGACCCAGAGUUACCUCUGCUGCAGAGGAUAAGUUCAUUAGAGUUACCAGCCUCAGAAAUUGCAGCCCAAAUAAAUGCAUCACAGAGUUCAAGUAACAGAUACAUCUCAACAUCAACUGUUCAGAGGGGAAUGUGUGAAUCAGGCCUUCGUGGUCGAAUUGCUGCAAAGAAACCACUACUAAAGGACACCAAUAAUAAGAAGAGACUUGCUUGGGUCAAGAAACACGAGCAAUGGACAUUAGACCGGUGGAAUUGUGUCCUUUGGUCUGGAGUCCAAAUUUGAGAUUUUUGGUUCCAACCGCUAUGUCUUUGUGAGACGCGGUGAGGGUGAACGGAUGAUCUCCGCAUGUGUAUUUCCCACCGUAAAGCAUGGAGGAGGAGGUGUUAUGUUGUGGGAGUGCUUUGCUGGUGACACAGUCUGUGAUGUAUUUAGAAUUCAAGGCACACUUAACCAGCAUGGCUACCAUAGCAUUCUGCAGCGAUACGCCAUCCCAUCUGGUUUGGGCUUAGUGGGACUAUCAUUUGUUUUUCAAUAGUACAAUGACCCAACACACCUCCAGGCUGUGUAAGGGCUAUUUUACCAAGAAAGAGAGUGAUGGAGUGCUGCAUCAGAUGACCUGGCCUCCACAAUCUCCCGACUUCAACCAAAUUGAGAUGGUUUGGGAUGAAUCAGACCGCAGAGUGAAGGAAAAGCAGCCAACAAGUGCUCAGCAUAUGUGGGAACUCCUUCAAGACUGUUGGAAAAGCAUUCCAGGUGAAGCUGGUUGAGAGAAUGCCAAGAGUGUGCAAAGCUGUCAUCAAGGCAAAGGAUGGCUAUUUGAAGAAUCUCAAAUCUCAAAUAUAUUUUGAUUUGUUUAACACUUUUUUGGUUACUACAUGAUUCCAUAUGUGUUAUUUCAUAGUUUUGAUGUCUUCACUAUUAUUCUACAAUGUAGAAAAUAGUACAAAUAAAGAAAAACCCUUGAAUAAAACUUUUGACCGGUAGUGUAUAUAUAUAUAUAUAUAUAUAUAUAUAUAUAUAUAUAUAUAUAUAUAUAUAUAUAUAAAUAUACACUUACCUGGUUAAAUAAAUGCAAUUAAAUAAAGACAAAUAAAUAAAUAGAUUCUCCUGGACAGUGUGAUGAAUGUUCACCUGUCAGUCAAAGACUGCCUGACCAUAUUCUGGGGAACUGGGAUGAAAAAUUAUUAGAUUAAUAGCAUUUACCAUCUAAGAGCCCUCCACCCGAUCUAGACCCUUUUCUCGUGCUACCAAGAGCCUCAGGGUUCCAACUCAAAGACUGCCGAUUGUCCUCCUGAAUCUGACAGAAGUGGGA